UCCACUUUAGAGCUACAAGAUGAUGCUCAACUGAUGCCCAAUGAGACCAUGACCAGAGAUAAAAAAGUAGAAAUUGAUGAACUUUGCAUUUUCCUGGCUGUUGCAAACCACCUGAACUUGACUAAAGACAAUAAUAAGUACACCAUGAGCCGGCCCGUUAGACACCACACUCACCCUUUGACAGUAGUGCUUGAAAUGAAAAUCUAUGCCAUCUUAGAUAUGAGGGAAAUUGACCAGACUUUAAUUUCUUACAUUUGGGUUUCUUUGAAAUGGAAAAAUGAGUACAUUUGGUGGGACCCAUAUCAGUUCUGUGGACUUAAAUACAUAACUGUCCCUACCGGAUAUUUGUGGAUACCAGACAUAACAAUUGAAGAGAUGACAGAGAAGGACAAAGCUACUCCGAGUCCCUAUCUCAGCAUUAGCUCAGCUGGCUGGGUUGAAUUCAGAAAUGACCAGGUUGUGCUAAGCACCUGCAAAAUGCACGUUUACAAAUUUCCCUUCGAUAUUCAGAGCUGCAACCUUUCGUUCAAGUCUAUCCUGCACACUGAUGAAGAUAUACAGUUACACUACCAGGAAAACAACACUUUGAUCACACGGUUGUCUCGGGAAGUGAUGCACACACAGUACGAGUGGCUGUUCAUCAACAUGAUAGUCACCAACAAAACCAACCGCUUGAACUUCAACCAAACUUCUGUUGUUUAUACUAUUACCAUGAAGAGGAGGUCUAUCCUGUACAUUGUGAAUUUCAUUCUGCCAGUCCUCUUCUUCUUGUGUCUGGACUUGGCAUCAUUCCUCAUCUCAGAUACUGGGGGUGAGAAGCUCAGCUUCAAAGUCACCGUCCUGCUGGCUGUUACAGUGAUGCAGCUUAUCCUCAAUGACAUUCUGCCCUGUUCUUCAAACAAGGUUCCACUUAUAGCUGUCUACUGCAUUGGGAUAUUUGCUCUGAUGCUGCUCAGCCUCCUGGAGACAAUUUUGGUGAUGCAUCUGAUUGAGAAAGACUCUGCAGCUCAAGAUAAUGAGACUAGUAGAGACCAAAGCACAGAUGUGAACUGUGGUGACAAAUCCAAUCCACACAGAAACCUUGAAAUUUCAGAUAGUCACUGUGCAUCUGUCUGUGAUGCACCUGCUGAAGAAAUGCAAUCGGUGAUCAAAGAGGUGAGGAUUAUAUUACACUUUUAAAGGAUUUUUAAAUUUAUUUUUUUUUAAGUG